AUGGCCAACGAAAAGCCCAAGCAAGAAGUCACGACUAAGAACAAUGAUCAUAUUAAUUUGAAGGUGGCAGGGCAGGAUGGUUCUGUGGUGUACUUUAAGAUUAAGAGGCAUACGCUACUCAGUAAACUGAUGAAAGCCUACUGUGAGCGGCAGGGUUUGUCAAUGAGGCAGGUCAGGUUCCGAUUCGAUGGGCACCCGAUUAAGGAAACGGACACACCUGCAGAGCUGGAAAUGGAGGACGAAGACACAAUUGAUGUGUUCCAGCAGCAGACAGGAGGUGGCUACUAAACAGGGAUCCCGCCACUUUACUCUAGAA